AAAAAGAUUUGAUCCGAAUUUCUUAUGGAGCAAAAGACAUUUUCCUUGAGCACGUUCUCUGRAAAUAUAAGCUGAUAAAAAAGUUGAUGUUCAUUGAAACUGUUCAGUUGCUCCUCAAUGGAUCUGUCUUCAGUGUUACGAUAUGCUAUUGAAUUCCUUAGUGUCCUGGCGUUUUAUUUGGUGCCAUUUUGUGGWGCAUUUCAGCUUGGAGUGUAUAUUUUAUACAAGUUGCUAUUUACCCCAUUAUGGCCUCUGGUGCCUCUCUAUUUAGGAUGGACAUUCCUUUUUGACUUGAAUACUCCCAAACAAGGUGGGAGACGUGCAGCAAGCUUCAUGAAAAAUUUACCACUGUUCAAAUUUAUUCGGGAUUAUUACUCAAUGACACUGGAGAAAACUGCAGAUCUUGAUCCAAGCAGAAAUUAUAUUUUUGGAUAUCAUCCCCAUGGCUUAAUUGCCAUUGGUGCUGUGGUUGGCUUUCAGACAGAAGCACUUCAGUUCAAUCAGAAAUACCCUGGAAUAACUUCUCAUAUGAGUGUAUUAUCUUGUUUACUGAAAGCUAUUCUAUAUAGAGACAUUCUUAUGAGUCUAGGAAUAGUUGAAGUGUCAAGAGAUUCUCUGGAACAUAUUUUAACUGCUAUGGGACCAGGACAGUCUGUUGUAAUCAUUGUUGGAGGUGGGGCAGAAGUAGCAGAAACUGGGUACCAGGACUUUUACUGUCUCACCAUGAAGAGAAGAAAAGGGUUUAUUAAGUUAGCAUUGCAGACAGGGUCUGAUCUAGUUCCAGUAUUUGGAUUUGGUCAGAACAAUAUGUGUACACAGUUGGGAGGUCCAGGAUCAUGGUAUUGGCGAGCACAACACUGGCUAUAUGACAAAACUAGACAGUAUGGCUUUCCUAUAACAUGCUGUUGUUGUCUGCCAUUUGUAUUCCCCUGGCGUACACCUAUCAAUAUAGUUGUUGGAAAUCCAAUUCGUGUGAGCAAAACACCAAACCCUACACAAGAUCAAAUUGAUGAGCUUCAAGCCACAUACAUUGAUAAACUACAGGAAUUAUUCAACACUUACAAAGUGAAGUACAACCUCCAACAUUCUAAGCUGAUGUUGAUAUAAAAUAAUCUGCACAACUAUAACAGUUAUAGCGUGUGAAUAAACUACGGUAUUUUAUUCUAAUGUUUAACCCAAACACAAAAAACUUUGGAUGCAUGCACAGUACAGUCCUGGCUUUUUUCAUGAGCAGUUGGAAAGGAAAACAAUUAGAACUGGUGCAGURCAUAAAGUGAGCUAUUGUGCAUAAGUAUGAACAAAAUAAUUAAUGCCAUAUCUGMAAAUUAUAUACUCCCACAUGUAUGUUUUAGUAAUAUAUGAUUUYAUGUUUGUAGUAUUUAAUUUUAAUGUAAUUGCUGUGUACAUAGAUCAUUUUUAAUAAAAUCUUAAAACAAC